CGGGGAAAACCCGAGCAAGAUGGAGGCCGCGCAGAGGCCGCCGCCUGGGCCCAGGCAGCCGCUGCUUGGAGCGACGAGCCCCGGUGCCUAGGCCGUGCCAGUCCCGGACCUGCUGCCCCGGACCGGGCCCAGCUCCCGCCGGCAGCCCAGCGGUCUGUCCCGGGCCGGCGGCCCCCGCCUGCCGCCGCCGCCGGCCCCGCCCCCGGGCACCAUGCUGCCCUCGCAGGAGGCCUCCAAGCUCUACCACGAGCACUACAUGCGGAACUCGCGGGCCAUCGGCGUGCUGUGGGCCAUCUUCACCAUCUGCUUCGCCAUCAUCAACGUGGUGGUCUUCAUCCAGCCCUACUGGGUGGGCGACAGCGUGAGCACCCCCAAGCCUGGCUACUUCGGCCUCUUCCACUACUGUGUAGGCAGCGGGCUGGCGGGCCGUGAGCUCACCUGCCGGGGCUCCUUCACCGACUUCAGCACCAUCCCGUCCGGCGCCUUCAAGGCGGCCGCCUUCUUCGUGCUGCUCUCCAUGGUGCUGAUCCUGGGCUGCAUCACCUGCUUUGCGCUUUUCUUCUUCUGCAACACAGCCACGGUCUACAAGAUCUGCGCCUGGAUGCAGCUCUUGGCAGCUCUGUGCCUCGUUCUGGGCUGCAUGAUCUUCCCCGACGGCUGGGACGCCGAGACCAUCCGGGACAUGUGCGGGGCCAAGACGGGGAAGUACUCCCUGGGGGACUGUUCGGUGCGCUGGGCGUACAUCCUGGCCAUAAUCGGCAUCCUCAACGCCCUCAUCCUCUCCUUCCUCGCCUUCGUGCUGGGCAACCGGCAAACAGACCUGCUGCAGGAAGAGCUGAAGCAGGAGAACAAGGAUUUUGUGGGCUCUACAGUAAGCUCUGUGUUGCGGCCAGGGGCUGACGUAUCUGGAUGGGGAGUCCUUCCCUGCCCUGUGGCUCACUCACAGGGACCCUGAAAGCCAGGAUCACAGCCCAGGGAUUGGCCUGACCUCAGCUUGUCCUGUCUCCUGCCCUCUCAUCUGUCCACUCAGGCUCCGAGGGAAGACCUGAUCUCAGACUGACUUCUCACCUACGGCCAGCCUUUGAGUUCCAGGCUUUGAAGAGAAGAUGGGCCUGUCCAUACCCUGGCAGAGGGGAGAGGCACUCUAGACCCUAGGAGGGCCUGAUUCAGGCUCCUGCCUCAAUUUGACCUAAAGGAGCCUGAACCCCACAGACCCUCGGGUUUCUCCUCUCCUCUCCAGACUGGCCUGGAAGUCCCUGCAGAUCCCUAGGGGAUGGAGGCGCUGUGGUUCCAGCUCUCAGUCUGGAGGGCUGCUUUCUGGCUGUAACCUCGCCUCCCUAGUCCCUGUCUACUACAGAAAAUCAUUCAAGACGCUGCCCCAGGUGGGCAUGU